AUGGCUGCAAGUGCAAGUGUAAAGCGAGAGAGGAGUACCAACUGGUCCUUGGCCGAAAUAACUGUCUUAACAGAUUUCGUCGAAAAGAACGAAGCAGUUUUAAAAGCCAAACAGAGCAAUUUGAUAACAAAUGCCAAAAAGAACAGCAAAUGGGCAGAAGUGACAGAUUUAGUCAACGCAGCUGGGGUACAACGCAGGUCGGUAGAGCAAGUGAAGUUUAAAUGGGGGAAUCUGCAACAGGGGGCUAAGAAGACAUUUACAGAGGCCCGUAAACAUGCCAGGAAAACAGGCGGUGGACCUCCACCCAAACCCCCUACUGCCGCCGAGGAGAAGAUAAUUGAUCUAAUGAAGGACAAGCCAAAUUUCUCUGGAAUCGCUGGGGGCUUCGAGUCAUCAAUGCCAGGCACAACAGAAGAUAUACCCUGCUCUUCAAAGUCUGCCUCGACUACCACUUUCAGUUCAAUAUCCGAGUCGACAACGCAACAAUCUAGUGAGGAGGAAGCAACAACUCAACAAUCUUGUGAGGAGGAAGCAGACACACAGCAAGAUGAGACGGCCAUUGAGUCAAGACGUGAACCCGCAAGCGAAGUCGAUACAAUUUCUCCGGCCCCAUCUGCACAGGCAAAGAGAAGGAAGAUCUCCCUUGACCAACUCCAGAAGAUGCAGUAUGAGAACAUGAAGCUCAUUAAAGACCUGCAACGGACAGACCUCGAGAAGAAGAACAUCGAGUUACAAAAUACUAAGCUUGUGUUGCAGAUUGAAUGCCUGAAGCAGACUGUCUCUCAGAAUGAAAAUGCUUUCCUAGCUCUACAAGCAAUUACUGAUGAAUAA